AAUACAAACAACUACUUCAUUCAUUACUAAGCCAUCGGCAAUAAUAAUAACAACACCAUUACCAGUGCCAACCAAAAUCAGUAAUACAAGUACUCAAACUACAAACUAUACCAAAACUACUGCCUUUCCCAUUACUGUUCCUAAUGAUAGCAAAUCAUCAAUGGAAGUGAAAAAUGCAAAAAUGUCUGAUGAAUAUAGUGAUGGUGAUGAAGACACAGAAGAUAAAGAGGAAUCCGAUAAUAAUAAUAAUGAUAACAACAAUACAAAGGAAAAGUCACAAACAAUUGAAAAAUCAAACGCAAAGGAAAAUGUUAAUAAAGAUAACAAAAACAAUAAAAAAUCGGAAAUAGAAAGAGAAGGAUCUGUUAAUAAUGACAAUAAUGAUGAAGAUUAUGAAGAAGAACCACCUGAGGGUACCGGUGAGGGUAGUGAUUACUUUGAUGAGCCAACACGUGAGGAACUCCUAAAAAGUCUUAUUCAGAGAACUUUUAGUUUGAAUACCAUUAGUAUGAGUGAUAUGCAUAACAAAAGCGCUGACCAGAGAUGGGUUGAGUUCAUAACAGAAGUGGAAAGUGGUUUGGCGUCACUCAUGAGGGCAAUCACUCCCACAGCUUUAGAUGCUUUCUACGAGAUUCCCGAACUGAGCGCCGGCUGUUCCAACUCAUUGUUGAGGAUGUCUAAUGGUAUACAACAAACACAGGAGUGGGCCUUCAAAAUGCUCGACUCAAACGGCAAAUUUCCUACGGGUUUAUUGUCGGGCACACUGUCCUCUCUCGGAGCUUAUGACCAGUGCUUAGAAACGGUGGCAAUGGAUGACAAUAAAGAGCUGUUUAGAGGACAAUAUUGUAUACUUAAAAUGAGACCACCAAUGCCUCAAUUGAACGGUCGUAUCAGUUAUCAUAGACCGGUAAUCAGUCUGAAUGGCAGCAAAUGGGCCAACACAUGGAUAGACAGUCGUAUCGCAGGUCGGUAUGCGACCGGCUUUUAUUCAACGUAUAUCUAUAAUGCCUUAUGUCUACCAUCGACCUGUUCUGUCAAAGAACUUAACGCCAUAACCAGUAAAUAUAUCGGCGAUUACUUUGAUGUUAGUCUAGAUUAUUGCGAUCACAACACCACUGAUAGCAAUGGUUUGUCUAUUAUUAAUACAUAUCGUGGCCUUAAUGUUAUGCAACGUAUUGCUAUCAUUAUAAUAAUGGCAUCAAUAGUAUUGGUAUUUAUGGGAUCAUUGGUUGAAAUGUUUUGUCCAGAUUUUGUAAAAUUGCAAUCAUUUGGUCGACUUAUUGCAUGUUUUUCAAUAAUAUCAAACACACAAAAGUUAUUUUACAUAAAUCGCAAUAAAAUGGACAAAAAGUUGACAUUUGUUCACGGGAUACGUGUGCUGACAAUGAUUUGGAUUAUAGCCAUACAUACCUUUACUGUGGGAACACUGUUUGUACCGAUGCUUAUCUACCGUUUUGAAGACGAGGCCCGACAGUUUGGCAAACAACUGUCCACUCAAUUCAUAUAUAAUGGUUAUAUAUCUGUUAGUAAUUUCUUUUUCUUGUCGGGAUUGGUGGCCACCUAUGUAUCGAUUCCUCUCUUUAACAAAUCAUAUGGUCCGACAUUUUUCCGAUUUAUAUCUCUUCGUUGGUUUCGAUUUGUGCCGUCUGUUAUCGGUAUCAUAUGUUUCCAUAUGUUAUGGCCACUGAUGGGUUCGGGACCGGUGUUCAAACAAGUCUCACAGCAAUUGACUGAGCCCUGCACUACCAACUGGUGGACAAACAUUUUAUUCAUAAAUAAUUGGUUUUUAUUGCCGGAUAUGUGUUUAGUACACACUUGGUUUCUGAGCGCUGAUAUGCAGCUCCAUAUGCUAUCAUUUUUUGCAAUUCUGGCGCUAAGUAAGGCUAAGAGCUUCGGUAUUAUAUUAUGCACUGCCCUAAUCUUAUGUGGAAUUGGCAUACCGUCACUCGUCAACUACAAAACGUAUGGUCCGCCGAUGCCAUUACCAUUUAACGAGCCUGACCUGGACCAAUUUUAUCGCGACCUCAACACGCUAUAUCAUCCGACAUACAAUCAUUUAUCCACUUAUUUUAUCGGUGUUUUAGUAGGUUAUCUACUGUUUACACGAAAGGAAAUUAAGUUUAGUCUACCAUCCCGUGCGUUCAUGUGGAUAGUGCUACCAGUGCUGACACUGGGGGCCACAUUUGCCACUUAUUUGUGGACAGGACUUGAUUGGCAAUAUAGUAGAUUAACUGCCGCUACAUAUUCUGGUUUACACCGAUUUAUUUAUAUACUCUUUUAUGUAUGGAUUGCCAUCUAUUGCUCACAAAAUACUAAAAGUUUAUUGAAUCGAUUCUUUAGUUCAAACUUUUUCAUACCAUUGAGUCGAUUGUCAUUUUCGGUAUAUUUGACACAUAUUUUGGUCGUUUGGUAUUUUGUAUUAGAGACCAGAGAUAUGAUAAGAUUUACAUAUAAAGACUUUAUUUACUCAACUGGUGGUGUAAUAGUUUACACAUUUAUAAUAUCAUUUGUUUUAUAUUUAUUGUUUGAAUCUGUUUGGAGUAAUAUAUUGUCAUUGAUUUUCAAGAAAAACCAGAAGAAGAAUAGCGGGAAUGUCGGCGACACUCAAAAUGACCAAAAAAAGGCAGACAUUAAACAUAAUUACAUGCAAUCAACAAAUGGAAAGGAUAUGCAAUUAAAUUUAAGUGCAAACAGUGUCAGACAUUUAGCACAGUUUACAAACGGUAGUAAUGGUUCUCAGAGUAGCGAUAAUUGGAAAGAAAAGGCAGUCAAAGAUAUUAAUGGAAACUCAUUGCAUGAAUAUAAAGUCGAUUCAAUACCCAGGGGUACAGUGUUUGUUGAUGUUGAUGAAGGUGUAGGUGCUUUGCAUUCAACAAAUACUCAUAUAAACCACUCGUUUAUCUCUCGAUAUCAUUCAGAUAAUAAUAAUAAUAAUACUAAACUUUAG